UUCGUAUCCAUCGCCCACCAUGCUUGAAACCUUUACGUCCUUCAACGUAUUAACGGACAAGAAUGCGGAUGUUACUAUACAUGGCAUCAAGGGAGGGUCUGGUCCACCCUUACUUCUCAUCCAUGGAGCUCCUCAGACUCAUCAUACCUGGCACCGCGUCGCACCUCUGUUGACAUCACGCUACACCAUUGUGGCCGUGGACCUGCGCGGAUACGGCGCCUCGUCCAAGCCACCCCAUACCCACGACCAUGUUGCGUAUAGCAAGUCCGCCAUGGCAUUCGACUGCGUUGCGGUCAUGGAAGCCCUAGGCUUUCAGCGUUUCUUCGUCUGUGGUCAUGACCGCGGCGCUAGAGUCACUCACCAGCUAUGCAUCGAUUAUCCGAAUACAGUAAUCAAGGCGAUUCUUCUCGACAUAUGCCCCACAGUUGCCAUGUACUCCAACGUCAGUGGAGGUGUUGCGACCGCAUACUGGCAUUGGUUCUUCCUGAUACAACCAUACCCGCUCCCGGAGACGCUGCUCUCGCGCGACCAUGGCAAGUGGCUUAGCAUGUUCAUGGGGGCCUUCAAAAACGGCUCGGGUCCAUCUGACAUCUUCACUGCCGCAGCAUUCGAAGAAUAUCGUAAAGCGGCCGAGUCUAACGGCGCUGUUGCUGGAAUGUGCGAAGACUAUCGUGCCUCGGCCACUGUCGACCUUGAGCAACAACGCAAUGACAUCAGAGAUGGCAAGAAGAUUCAGUGUGAGCUCUACGUGCUCUGGGGGAAGGAAGGCUUACUCGCGAAGAAUUUUGACGUUCUGAAGGAAUGGCAGCAGGUUUGUGCGAAGACCGUCCGAGGCCAAGCUAUCGAGAGCGGACACUUUAUGCCUGAAGAAGUUCCUGAUCUUAUUGUGCAAGAGAUGCAGUGUUUUUUGGUGUAAUAAAAAAGCCUGGUUAUUUCUAGUUUUCCUUUUAGCCUUAGUCAAUAUCCUCGCAAAUUGAUAAAAGCAACUCAGUAGAUAGUACCGGUACACAGUACAAACACAGAUAGGUGCUAUACCCAGCACCAUAUUAUACAAUAACUAUUUCCCAUUAA